CUUUUUUCUCUUCUUUCCCUCCUUUUUUUCUUCUUCUUUCAUUCGUCCCUUUUUAUACUUUAAGUGACAAAUGACAGAAUUUAAUUAUCCUUUAGCCAAGGAAAAUGCAAAGACAGUACCGUUGUACCAUCAUGAGCAAGUACCAUUUCAGUCCUUUUAUAAACAAAAUACAACCAGUAAUCAAGCUAAACUACCAGCAGAUCAGAAUGUGUCAGGGGACCUUCAGGACAUCAUCUAUAGUUAUCAAUCGCAACCAGAGUUGCUCAAAUUGAUCUUAUCUAGUAAAUUAGAAGAAGACAAGAGAAGAGCAGAGGAAGCAAAGCUACGAGCAAAAGAAUUGGAUCUUUUAUUGAUUCAGCAGCAACUAGGCAACAAUAGCAACAAUAACAAUAGUAACAACAAUAACAACAAUAAUAAUAAUAAUGAUCUCGUCAACCUAUUUCCUUUAAACAUGCAACCUAUGAAUCAAAGUCCAGUGAGACGCCCUAGCUUAGAUGCUAUUCUAUCUACACCUUUAUUGUCACAACAUAGGCGUGAUUCUACCUUUGGUUCUUCAUUUACUUCAGAUGAAUUAGAUGACCAAGCAUUCUCUCCCAUCACAUCAUCCACAGCAACAACUACCCCUGUUUCCUCAUCCGCACUUCUUCACAUGGAAAGGUAAAUUUUAAUCACCCGAUCCAUUUGCGUUUGUGGGCUCUAAUAUAUAUAACAUGAUAGUUACCCUUCAGCCGUUAUGUC